UUCCACCCCCCUCCCCACCAGAGUAAGUUUGGUACAGUCCCUAACUGAGUUGAGUCGGAGCAGACACUCCCACAGGCACUGCAUGAACAGAGGACACAACGGGUGGACCAUCUCGGUCCUUUACUCACAAAUCUUUAUCAAAACAAGAUGAUAAAGUUACUUUUGUUGCUUCUCUUCUGUCAUGUUUCAUCUCCAGUGAAGCACUCUAUGAAGGUUUUCUUCACUGCGUCCUCUGGAGUCCCAGAGUCCCACAACUUCCCAGAGGUUGUGGCUGUUAUGCUGAUUGAUGACGUUCAGGCGGGUUACUGUGACAGCAGAAUCAAGACAGCAUUAGCCAAACAGGACUGGAUGGAAAAAUUAAAAGAAGAGGAUCCACAGUACUGGCAGUUGUACACACAGGAGUGUAAGGUGUACCAGCAAGUCUUUAAAGAUGAAUUCCACAUUUUGAAGCAGCGCUUGAACCAAACUGGAAGUGUCCACAUUCUACAGAAAUUGCAUGGUUGUGAAUGGGAUGAUGAGACUGAAAGGGUUCUUGGAUAUCAACAGUAUGGUUAUGAUGGAGCAGACUUCCUAACAUUUGACUUAGACACAGAGUCAUGGGUGGCUUCAAAACCACAAGCUGUCAUCACCAAACACUUCUGGGACAGACAGAGAGCCAGAAAUGAGCUUUGGAAGAAUUACCUCACCCAGUUUUGUCCUGAAUGGCUGAGGAAGCAUCUGAACUUUGGGAGGAGCUUCCUGCUGAGAACAGACCUUCCCUCAGUGUCUCUCCUCCAGAAGUCUGAUUCCUCUCCAGUCAGCUGCCACGCUACAGGUUUCUUCCCAGAUAGCGCCAUGAUGUUCUGGAGGAAAGAUGGAGAGGAGAUUCAUGAGGACGUGGACCACGGAGAGAUCCUCCCCAACCAUGAUGGAUCCUUCCAGAUGAGUGUUGACCUGAACCUUUCAUCAGUCCCACCUGAAGACUGGAGGAGGUACGACUGUGUGUUUCAUCUCUCUGGUGUGAAGGAUGACAUCAUCACCAAACUGGACAAAGCAGUGAUCAGGACCAACUGGGUAAGACUNUUUCUGAUUUCAGGCAAAAGUCCCCCACCUUCUCCUGACAACAACUACGAGCUCUGUCUGAGACUGAAUCCAGAGACCUGAUUGUGAAAAACAAAGUGAACACUUUGAUAUGUGUCAUAUUAUAAAGCUAAACUAAACUAAAACUAAAAGAGACUGAAAGAAAGCUUCUUGUUGUAAAAGUGAAGAAGUACACUUUAUUUGCUUGAUAUUUAAAUGUAAUAAUUUUAUUUCACAUUGUAAAUUUAUGUUUAAUGUUUAUUGUAUUAUAUAUUUAUUAAUCAAUUUUACAUUGAUGCAACAAUGUGUUGCUUGUCUGUUUUUU